AUGGUGCCGAACACGACGUUGUUGACGAGGACUACAAUGUCUAGUGGUUACAAUGGGACAUUCGGUCCGAAUAGUACAUUCUUGAUUCCGACGUAUAUGAGCCAGGAGGAGUUCUUCGCGUUGCAAAUGACCAAUGGGUCUGACGCGAACACGACGUUGUCGAAUGACACUACGGUAAACUUAGUUCUAAAGACGUGGUACCCGAGUGGGUACUCGCCGGCGCAUAUAAUAAUAGCUUCAGUGGUUGUGACGGUGUUAAUGAUAAUGGUGGUAGUGGGCAAUAUGCUGGUGAUCAUUGCGAUAGUGACGGAGAAAGCGUUGAAGAACAUUCAGAACUGGUUCAUAGCCUCAUUGGCCGUGUCGGACUUCUUCCUCGGCCUGGUGAUAAUGCCGUUUUCAUUAGCGAACGAGCUGAUGGGCUAUUGGAUUUUUGGGUUCUGGUGGUGUGAGAUACAUUCGGCGAUGGAUGUGUUAUUGUGUACGGCGUCCAUCAUGAACCUGUGCCUGAUCUCACUCGACCGGUACUGGAGUAUAACGCAGCUAAACCGAAGACUGGCAAUAUCGAAGCGGUAUCGGCGACCUCUACUGAAUUAUUUCGAGCUGAGCCAAACAUUGUUAAAGUUUGCACGGUGA